GUGGAUCCAAUGGGUUGGCUGUGUUGAGUACGUUGGAAAGUGUGAUUCUAUAGGAUGCUUCCGAUAUAGACAUAGUAAUGGCAUCAACACGAGGCACUUCAUUUGCGUACACUUACCUCUAGAUUACUCUUCUGAGGGACACUAAUAGUACAAUAGUGAAUGGUGGUCCGAUUUAAAAUUGAAGGACAGUCAGCAGUUCGGUGGUUACUGAAAGGCCCGAUAUUAAGAGGGCACGAGGUUGUUAGUCGAGAGAAUUCUAUGGUGGAAGUUACGGUGGUGAAACUGUAUUUUUCGAAUGUCGUAGUAGUGUUCUUUGCAGCUAGCAAAAUGAAAGGAUAUGGUGCUAUUGUGUGACGUGGCAGAGAAGCCAAAACGUUGGUGCGAGUGUCGCAUUGGCGUACUGAGGUGAACUGGUGGCAACUGAUAGAGACCC